AUGGCACCGUUGGAGUCGCGUACAAACGGAGAGAGUCACUUCUUCUAUGUCUGGAACCCCAAUACCAAUUGGUAUCCAGACUUCGAAGGAAGACAGAGAGAUGAUCCUCUGGGUCCCAACUUCGGUGGCUAUCAUCACGACCUAGCCACGAUUUGUGUCAGAAUGAGAGCGGACAGGCAAGCGCUUGUUGAAACUGCUGGUGACAACAGCAAUGUCGUCUUCCAUCUCAUUAUUCCGACUUACUAUCCAAUUGUGAUUCACACACCUAUCGUCUUCGCUGUGGAGCUAUUUCCGCUCACUUUCCCUACAUUUUUCUUCGACUCGUGUUAUGCAUAA